CCAAUUCAUAAUCGAAUGCCUCGCACUACCACCGCGCUUUUCCUCCGACCAUUCUCAGCCGUCCAUUUUUCAGAGAUCAGAUUUGCUCAGCGCUUUCUCCAAUUUCCCUUUCCACACUUUUUUCUUCCCCAGAAAAAUUGGGAAAGAAGAAGCUUCAGACAUAUCUCGUCGCUUGAAAUAUCCGAAACCCUAAUUCGAAUUCAGGAGGCCGCUGAACCACAGAAAUCAAAAGGAGUAUUAAUGGAAAACGAGAUUAAUAUUGCCAAUGACGGGGCGUCGGGGGACGAUCAGACCCCGGAGGAUUUUUAUGAUGUUGACCAGCGGGAGAAUGAAGCAAAGGUAGCGGAGCUGAACCAGAGAAUUGAGGUUUUGGAGGGUGAAAAGAAAAAAUUGGUCGACGAAAAUGGAGAAAUCAAAGAUAAGAUUAAAAGAUUGUCAGCGGAGAUUGAAGGGUUGAAGAGGGAAGAGGGGACGCUGAAAGAACGACUGAAAGAAAUGGAGAAACAAGUUGAACGUUCUGAAGAGGGAAAUAAGGUGUUAGAGUCGGUUGCGGCGAGGGCGCUGGAGCUUGAGACUGAAGUCUCGAGGCUACAGCAUGAUUUGAUAUCUGCAAUGAAUGGAGCCGAUGAGGCAAAUACUGAAGUUGCAGAGUUGAGGAAAUUUUUGGGGGAAAAGGGAGUGAAGGUUGCUGCUCUGGAGGAAGAGUUGGAAGCCCUGAAGAAAGCAAAGGCAGAGAGUGAAAAGAAAGUCAGAGAAUUGGAAAGAAAAGUUGGGGUUUUGGAGGUCAAGGAGAUAGAGGAGAAGAGUAAAAAAGUUAGGGUAGAGGAGGAAAUGAGAGACAAAAUUGAGGAGAAGGAGAGGGAAAUCACCAGUUUUAAAAAGAUUAUUGAGAAUUUGGAAUUGGUAGUAACAAAGAAUGGGCUGGAACUAGAUAAGUGGAUCAAGGAGAAACUUAAGGUGGAAGAGUUGUUGAAAGCGUCUGAGGAGAAAACGAAAAUGGUAGAGUCGAAUAUGGUUCAGUUGCAGAAGGAAGUAGAGGAAGCGCACAAAGUCAUUAGUGGAUUAAAGGAGAAAGCAGUGAAUGCUUUGAAUGGAACUGCAGAGGAGCUCAAGUCGGCUUUCAAAGGUGCGGAGAAGGAGUUGAAUUUGAACUGGUCUAUAAUUGCAGGUUCGACUGGAGUUGUUGCUGCCACAGCUGUACUGGCCUUUGUUUUGUAUGGAAGGCAAAGAUAAAUUGUGACGCCACAAAGCCUGAUAGUUGAGAUGGGGACUUGACUCAGAAUUUUAGCCAAGAGGGUAGGUUCAUGAACUGCAAAUCUGCUUCAGUUUUGUUAGAUAUGUUUGUUUAUUUGGUGUUUUCCAAGCCAAUAAAUAAUGGUUGGCACUAAAUUUUUGCUUCAAAUGUUCUGAUGAAGCCAAGUCUUGUUGGUUAACUAAUUUAGUUGAUAUAUUUUGAGGAAUCACUGCAGUAAAGUUCAAUCCCACUGUUAUAGGUGAUUACCCAGACAAAUAUUUCAGCUACACUUGAUUUUGACUUUGGUUGAUUACAUUUCUGAGUUGUUUUCAAGGUAUUCUUGUAUGAUUGUACCAAAAUUUGGCAAAUUUUAACUGCCCCAUUUUGAGUUUCAA